AUGGACCCUGUCCCAGAGAUGAAGAGGAAUAGGUUCCCCAGCAUGAACUUUGAAGCAGAGAUUCUGACAGCUCCACACGAUAACUCAGAGCUAUAUGUGAUCCCUUCCAUGAGAAGUCUCACAGCUGAGGAGUAUGUAGAGGCCUUCAAGUCAUUUUUGGAUCAUUCAACAGAGCACCAAUGCAUGGAUGAGUUCAACAAGAAAGAAUUGCCCAACAUCAUGGCUGGUCUCGGCAAUGGAAAAUCAACUAUAAAUGUUCUGGGCGUUGGAAGUGGCACAGGUGAGCAGGAUUUGAAAAUGAUCAGGAUACUGCAGGAUGCACACCCAGGUGUCCUUAUUGACAACGAAAUUGUAGAGCCCAACCCACAACAUGUGGCAGCUUACAAAGAGUUAGUGCAUCAAGCUCCAGACCUGAAAAAUGUCUCUUUUAGUUGGCACCAGCUCACUUCCUCAGAGUAUGAACAACAGGUGAAAGAGAAAGGCACACAUAAGAAAUUUGACUUCAUCCAUAUGAUCCAGAUGCUGUACCGUGUGGAGGAUAUUCCCAGUACUAUCAAGUUUUUCCACAGCUGCCUUGACCAUCAUGGUAAACUCCUGAUCAUAAUUUUAUCAGACAGUAGUGGAUGGGCCAGCUUAUGGCAGAAGUACAGACACUGUUUGCCUUCCACAGACAGUGGCCACUACAUCACCUCCAGUGGCAUCACAGAUAUUUUGAAGAGACUUGGUAUUGAAUACCGCAUUUAUGAGUUCCCGUCAGGCUGGGAUAUCACCGAGUGCUUUAUUGAUGGGGACCUGGUUGGAGGCUGCAUGAUGGAUUUCCUGACGGGGACAAAAAACUUCCUGGGUACGGCCCCCCCAGGUCUGCGGCGGCAGCUGCAGGAGGCUCUCUGCCAGCCAGAGUGCAGCAGCAAAAAGGAUGGGAGGAUCAUCUUCAGCAAUAACCUGAGUAUGAUUGUGGUUGAUUCCUAG